AUGCACUCGAACUUAAUCGUUGCGGUGGCACUCUCGACUGCAGCUGGUCUAUCGACUGCGCUUGGAGGCCUUGCGGUCGUUCUGCUACCGGGCGCGAAGAGUGCUUCGGGUGAGCACAGGCUGGGGCGUUGGCAGGGCACCACUGCGGGGUUUAUGGUUGGCCUCAGUUUCUUUGAUCUGCUGCCGGAAGUAUAUCGAGCCCGGAAUCAACUGCCACUGCCUUCGUCGGUGCUAUGUUUUGUGCUCGGUGCACUGGUGUUUGCGCUGCUGGAGCGGCUGGUUCCAGAGCCUUUCACGGAAACAGAGGCGAGCUUGGCCGCCCCGGACGGCAUCGGUAUUCGCUCGUAUUCAUCAGCUGAAACGCCGAGUGCGAGGCGUGGACCGUCCUGUGCGCCAAGUUUGAAAGCAGGCUUCAACGCCGAGCGCCACCGCCAAGGCACCAGAGCUGUGGCACUUCGCUCGGCGCUGCUGACGACGCUGAGCCUCGCGCUGCACAAUCUCCCGGAAGGCAUGGCUGUUGCGGCCUCAGCAUUGAGCGGAGGACUCCGGUUGGGGUUGCCUCUGGCUAUCGGUAUUGCCCUGCAUAACGCACCGGAGGGAUGUGCGAUAGCGGCGCCUGUGUACGCUGCCACGAACUCGCGCAUCCAGGCCGUAACCUGGGCGUUGAUCGCAGGCCUCGUAGAGCCACUGGGCGUCUUCUUCUUGAUAUGGUUCCGGCUUAACCGCAGGGCUUUGACGGGACUGUUGGCAGGAGUCGCUGGCAUCAUGACCAUGCUGUCCUGUACCGAGCUGCUGCCCCAAGCGCUCCGUAUGAAUGAGCAGCGGCCUGGCGUCGUAUUCAGUGAAUUCGCUUUCGGCAUGCUCCUGAUGCUUGGUCUGCUUUCCGUGGUCCGAUGGUCAUUUGGUGUCGAACUGUGA